UCCUUGGAGAGGAGCAGGAAGGCUUGCUUUACCUAUCCUUGGCUUCACAGUGAAGAGGUGGCCUUGCCCUCCUCCCGAAGGACCCGGAGCAACACGCCCACCCUCGUUAUCAUCCUCUCUCCCUAACAGGAUGUGCGGCAGGUUCCUGAGGCAGCUGCUGGCUGAAGAGAGCCAGCAUGCCACCGCUGUGGGGCGCCUCUUGCUCCCCGUGCUUCUGGGAUCCCGCCUCGUGCUGCUGGUGGCCAGUGGGACCGGGAUCUAUGGCGACGAGCAGAGCGAAUUCCUGUGCCACACUCAGCAGGCGGGCUGCAAGGUCGCCUGCUACGAUGCCUCCCACCCCUUCUCCCCGCUGCGGUUCUGGGCCUUCCAGGUCAUCUUGGUGGCUGUGCCCAGCGCCCUUUACGUGGGUUUUACUCUGUAUCAUCUGAUCUGGCAUUGGGAAGAAUCAGAAAAGGCGAAGGAGGAGACGCUGAUCCACCAAGGGGAAAAGAGCAGAGAUGCCUCCAGGGCGGGAAGCCCCAGGCUGCUCUGGGCCUAUGUGGCACAGCUGGGGGUGCGGCUGGUCCUGGAGGGGGCAGCCUUGGGGAUGCAGUACCAUCUGUAUGGGUUCAAGGUGCCCAGCUCCUUUGCCUGCCGUCGGGAGCCUUGCCUGGGUAGUACAACCUGUUACCUGUCCCGCCCCUUUGAGAAGACCAUCUUCCUAAGGACCAUGUUUGGGGUUAGCGGGCUCUGUCUCUUGUUUACUCUUCUGGAGCUUGUGCUCCUGGGCCUGGGGAGAUGCUGGAGGACCUGGAAUCCUCCUUCUAACUACUGCCCAACUGCAGAGAGCACCAAAAAACACAAGGAACCGACUGAUAGCUUCCGGCCAGUGGAAGCCAAAGAGCCGUUCCGAGAAGCAGAGUUAUGAAGCCACCUGCCUCACCUCGGAAGGGAACCCUACGACUGGAUCUUCUUCUGCACAUCCAGUGAGUGGGGAUUUACUUCCGUUGACAAAGCAGAGGCUGUUGAAGCAUCUCCAAGGGCCACGGCAGGCCACGCCACCUGAAGCGCUUCCUGGGAGAACUCUUGCUCCUGCCUUCCCUGCAGAAUCUUCUGGUGUCAGAGGCAGUUAUCACGGGCUUGGUUCCAGAGUCAGCCGGCAGAGGCCUCCAUAAAACUGUGCUUCUCCCCUGUA